AUGGUAUUGGCUAAACAAUGGGUUUUGAAAAAUCUACCAACUCCUGGUGAGCCAUUCAAUUUUGAUUUUGGCGAUCCUGCAUGCACUUUCGAGCUCGUUGAAAAAGAACUCUCUUCAGAACAAUUAAAGGACGGUGAAUUGCUACUGGAAACAAAUUAUUUAUCCAACGAUCCUGCUCAGAAAUUUUGGAUUUCAACACUGGACAAAAAUUAUGCCAAAGGUGUUCAGCCUGGUGAAAUUAUUCCCGCAAGAGGGAUUGGUAAGGUCUUGGCUUCUAGAAACAAAGCUUUCUCUCCCGGCGACUAUGUCUCUGCAAUGACCGGCUGGGCUACUCAUGUCAUAGUUCCACAACAAAAUGUUAAAGGGUUGAGAAAGCUUGAUAAAAACAAAGUUGGGAGGUUAUGGUGGUACCUAUCUGUCUUGGGUGGUACUUCUUUAACAGCUUAUUUUAUCUUCUUUACCUAUGCUCAAUUACAAGAAAGAGAAGAAGACUAUGGCAAAGUUUAUCUAAUUUCUGGUGCAGCUGGUGCCGUCGGUACUGUUUGCAUUCAGCUAGCCUUGAACGUUUUUAAAGCUUCAAAGGUCAUUGCUAUUGCUGGUGGUCCAGAAAAGGUUGCUUUUGUUGAAUCCUUUGGUGACAAAGUGGUCGGCGUUGAUUAUAAAGAUCCAGACUUCAAGCAGAAACUUAUCGAAGCUGCUGGAGGUGAGAAUACCGUAGAUUACUUUAUCGACAAUGUCGGCAGUGAUGUGUUGGAAGCAGGUGUUUUGCUUCUAAAGCAAAGGGCUAUGUUGAUAGCCUGUGGUGCUAUCAGUGCCUACAAUGAUCCAUCCAAAUUUGUGUUUAAGGGAUACAGCUAUAUCCUGGCCAAGCGAUUAGUCGUUAAAGGAGUACUAGUGACAGAUAAUAUCGAUGAUUUUCCAAAAGCAUUGGAUAAAUUGAGUUCCCUAGUUAAGUAUGGUCAGAUCAAUCUCUUAAAGUCUGCCACCCUUGAAGAUGGUACUGGCGAUAAGUUCAAGAAUGUUCCAUUGAUAUGGAAGGGCCUAUUUAGCGGUGUUAAUAAAGGUAAACUUAUCACCGAGGUUAACAAAGCCGAGUGA